GGGAGCUAACCACUUAGCACGAAUAGGCACCGUACGUAUUCGAACCUCAGUAAGAGAUAUUGCGUGAAAGUAGUAGCAGGGGAUUACUGCGUUCGUGGAAUAGCGCACUUUUUCGUAAUCAAAUAGAAAAAAAAAAUACAUUUACUGAAAAAGCGAGUCUUCCCAAUUGCAGAAUCGGUGUGUUGUGUGUAAUAAGUAUUUUGUAUUUUUAUAAAUUGUGGGUGCUAUAUACAGGAUAAUAAUGUCUACAGCUAUAAUGUCACAGAACGCCAUGUACGAAUUCGGGGAAAGUCUUAUAAAGAACGGCAUAACGCCAGAAUCAAACAAUGGCACUCAUCUACCGAUCGCGACCUCCCAGAUGCGUCUGACAUUAUCCAGAAUGGCCUCUACUCCCAUAGGUCAAGCAAGUUCUAAUCAAUUAGCGGCCAUGCUCCUAGAUAAUCUAACCCAACAUCGGCGAUUGGAGCGAACUCAAUCUGCUCCCGCUCCCCCAGUAUCUGCGCCUGCGGCGACGGUUACCGCCACUACAGUCAACACCUCCCGUUAUAAAACCGAAUUAUGUCGUCCAUUUGAAGAGUUUGGGGUCUGUAAAUACGGCGAUAAAUGUCAGUUCGCACAUGGCAUUAGUGAGUUACGCAGCCUCGCCAGGCACCCCAAAUACAAAACGGAAUUAUGUCGCACGUAUCACACAGUAGGUUUUUGUCCUUACGGACCACGUUGCCAUUUUGUACAUAACCAAGAUGAAGUCACAAAACCUCAAAUACUGAGCAGCAGAUCAGCUUCUGUUACACCACGUGCUGCGCGACCAGCUGCACUCAGUCCCUCGCUAUCAUUGGAUAGUCCCAGUCCGCCUUGUAGUUUGAGUCAAAGUCCUACCUCAUCCAUGGGAUCGUUUUUUAGCAGCGAUCCCGAACUGCAUUCCCCUGGUGUCGAAGAUCAGAGGUUGCCAGUUUUCAACAGAUUUAUAGAUACUACGCAGAUCCUUGCUUUGAGCGAUUUAAUGUUGUAGUGCUAUUUUUAUAUUUUCUUUACGAUGGAUAAAAUUCGGAACAUGGACGUUCAGUUCUUCUAACAGUUGAUUUUAUUUAAACAAUGGGCAGUUAUACAAUGUAAUGUAAGGGCAGAAAAAAAUCUUUAAACAAUGUUAAAAAAUUUAGCAUAUUAGAAUUUGAUGUUAAAUUUAGUCUAAAUGACGUUUUUGUUUAAAUUUUUUGACUAUGUCACCUAUUGGUGGUUGCAAUAGUGCAAGGCUACAAUUUUCAUACAUUGUUUCCAUUAUAAUAUAAAAGUAAAUAAAUUAUCUGAAAUUAAAAUAAAAUUGUUCUUAUUAUAUUGAUUGAAAUAUUUCAUUUUUUUGCGGUUUAAAACGGAAUAAAUAAAAAUAUGCACUCUAUAAUAAUUUAAGUAUUUAUUUUUAUAGUUUUUAAGUUCAAAGUAAUAAUUUUUUUUUAAUAUGUGGAGCUCCGCAAAUUUGAAUGAAUUAUUUGAUUCUACAUGUUUUGUGCCUUUGAAAAAUUGAAGAUUUAUGGAAAUUUAAAAGAAUAUGUAAAAUCGAUUGUAAACAUAACGUCCAAGUUUCGAUAAAGGCUCCAACUCAGACUUUAUUUAAUGCAUUGUCUUAUUUAUGUUACAAAUAAUUAUCUCGUCGUCAAGACGGAGUGAUUUUGAUAUUGUGUGAUUUUUUUUAAAUAUUAAUAAAUUUAUAAAAUGGUGUGUUUUAUACGAAUGUUAAUAUAUGUGAAUGUGCAACUUAGGUUAGUUUUCAAAUCAUCGGUCUUAGAUUUUCGUAAUACAUUCCGCGAAUUAUUUAUUAUUUUUAUUACUGCUUUUCUUACAUUGUUUCCCCUUUUGUGUGUGCCUUGUGACCGAUGAAAGAAUUAAGAUUUUUUUGUUAUUUAAAUCAUUAUUUAAUUUGUGUUUUUUUCUCAAUCAACACGUUUAUGUUAUGUAGUUAUUUUAUUAUUAUAAUUUAUGUGUAACUUAUUAUUUAUAUCGCAAUAUUUAGAGACCACCGUGCUCAUUGUCUCAGUCAAAGUGCAUCCUUUUGCACAGACUGGUCGGGAGUUCGCAAUACCUGUAUAUUAUUUAUGUAGCUAAUAAUGUAUCUUUGUAUCAUUAUCAAUAAAUUAUAUUUUGUUCAAUACAA